CCUACGAAACGGAACACGGAGGCACCGUCGCAGUCUCGCAUAUUGCCAGAAAUAUCACCGCGCCUGCUCAGUGAGGAUCGUCGUCUGCUACUGCACUUGAGCCUUAUAUAGAUCAGUAUGGCUUUACCUUUCACUAACUGGGGAAGUGUUUCAAGAUCAGCAGGUUUAUUAUCAGCAUUAGGCAAGCAGGUCAAGUUACUGAAUUACGGUGGCGCCGACAGAAUUACUGUAUCGUUUGAUCCAUUCACAGAAAAGCAACAAGUUUUUACUAUACGAUCAAUAUUAUCAUACUUGAACCAGCAUAAAAGAAGAAUCACCAACCCAAAGUGUGCCCUGAGAACCAACAUUUUGUGUGACCGCAGCUUACCAUCAGUGCAUGUCCAGCUCAUUGAUGGGAGUGAAGUGCUUUUCAAAACAGAAAACCUCACCACACUAGAGUUUUUAACCAAUUUCAACCAUAUGGUGAGCGCCAAGGCUCCUAAGAAGCAGGAAGUUGCUGUGGUCCUCACCAAGGCUGAGAAAGCAGCAGCUGUUGGGGGUGCAAAAAAGAAGUGGAAGUAAUCUACAGGAAUUGUAGUUAUAUACAGGCAUUGUAAUUAUUUCUUGAAAUUGUACAAAACUCUAAACUUACACUACCAGGAGGAAAUUUUGUGCUGUCA